AAUUCUUGAUAGUAAAAUAAAAAUACUUCAAGAUAGUAAAGUAAAACAAUCUGCAGCUUUAAUUCAACAAAAUAUUGCAGAUAUUUUAUCAAAUCUUACAACUUUAAUAUCAACUUCAGAUACUCUUAUAAAAAAGUAUUUUUUACAAUAUACUUCUAUUAACUUGUUAGGGUGA